AUGCAGGCUCUUCGCACUCUGUCAAGCUUUGCGCGUACGACUGUUAGCCUUCGCAUGCGCAUUGUACAAAUGAACAGUGCAGCACGUACAUUUGCCACAGACAAGCGCUACACGCCCGUAAACGAGGUACCCGUCAGCGUCUUGGAGAACGUUGGAUCGACCAAGAUCUUUUCGCCAGGCUUCGCUGUACGCGGCGAGGACACGCCGACGAAGGGAGCAAAGCCCGCAUACCUUGACGUACAAGCCACAUCGCCCAUGGAUCCGCGCGUGCUUGACGCCAUGCUUCCGUUCAUGACGUACGCGUAUGGAAACCCACAUUCGACAACGCACGAGUUUGGUUGGGACGCUGACAAGGCCGUGGAGCAAGCGCGUGAGAGUGUUGGUAACUUGAUUGGCGCAAAUUCAAAGGAAAUUAUUUUUACUUCAGGUGCUACAGAGAGUAAUAACGCCAUCUUGAAGGGCAUUGCCCACUUCACUAAGGCCAAAAAGAAGCAUAUUAUCACGACACAGAUUGAGCACAAAUGCGUUCUGGACUCGUGUCGUGUGCUGGAAACUGAAGGAUUUGACGUAACAUAUCUUCCUGUAAAUGCCAAUGGGCUUGUAGACGUGGAGCAGCUGAAGGCUACGAUUCGUCCUAACACAGCGCUCGUGUCGAUCAUUGCGGUGCACAACGAAAUUGGCGUAUUGCAGCCAUUGAAAGAAAUUGGCGAGAUUUGUCGUGAACGCAAAGUGUUUUUCCACACUGAUGCAGCACAAAUGCUCGGCAAGUUGCCAAUUGAUGUGAACGAGAUGAAAAUUGACGUUAUGUCCAUGUCGGGUCAUAAGAUAUAUGGUCCGAAAGGUGUCGGUGCCAUGUAUGUGCGUCGUCGUCCACGAGUUCGUCUGGAUCCGAUUAUUUCGGGUGGUGGCCAAGAGCGUGGUCUACGGAGCGGAACCCUUGCGACACCGUUAGUUGUUGGUUUUGGCAAAGCAUGCGAUGUGGCUGUCCAGGAAAUGGAAAAUGACCACAGGUGGGUUACUUACUUGUCAGAUAAGCUCUACCGUGGCGUCACGGAUCGUAUUGAGCACGUAGUACUGAACGGUGACUUGGAAAAGAGAUACCCAGGCAAUCUUAACUUGUCGUUUGCAUACGUGGAGGGCGAGAGUUUGCUUAUGGCGCUCAAGAACAUUGCUGUUUCCUCGGGUAGCGCGUGCACGAGCGCGUCGCUUGAGCCGUCGUACGUGCUACGUGCCAUUGGUGUGGGUGAGGAUCUAGCGCACACGUCGAUCCGUUUCGGCAUUGGUCGCUUCACGACAGAGGCAGAGAUUUCGUAUGCUAUUGAUUUGUGCGUAAAGCACGUGACGCGUUUGCGCGAGAUGAGUCCUCUGUGGGAAUUGGUGCAGGAGGGCAUUGACCCCAACACGAUCCAGUGGAGUCAGGACGCGCACUAA